AUGUUCAGGGUAGCUACUGUGAAGCAGCAGCAACAAGAGGAUUCUUCUCUAUCAGUCGAAGAUCAUGGCUUUCUGAAUCUCGGAGACUUGGGGAAAUAUCUCAAGUUGGUAGACCUCGGAGAAGAUGUUGGUAGAGUGAGUACGAAUGUACGAUGUCUAGGAGCCACCCACGUUUACAAGGUGUUUACACUUUUCCUUUGUUGCAUGCAAACUCGACGUGCAGGCUCACAGAGUUUGAUUCCUAUUGAUCUUGAAAUCGAGGCCACUGCACGCAAACAAGGGGGUAGAAGGAGACAGAACAAGAACAAGAAGAAGGAUACAAUGGGUGACGAAGCACCAGCCAAAUCUCUCUGGGAAUAUGGUAUACCAGAUACAACUACUGGUGUACUUUCUAGUAUUGUCAGACCAGCUGUCACUGCUGCACACUUUGAACUGAAGCCUCAAUUUAUUCAGUUCAUCUCCAAUGAUUCAUUCUCAGGCUCGCCUAAUGACUGUCCUGUAAGUCAUAUUGAUAACUUUCUGGAGAAGUGUGAUACUAUGAAGAUCAACAAUGUCACUGAUGAGGCCAUUAGGCUACGACUUUUCCCUUUUUCUCUGCGGGAUAGAGCCAAGGAGUGGUUGAAAGAUGAAGGUACAGGCUCGUUUGAUACAUGGGAUAAAUUGGUCAAGGCAUUCUUGGUGAAAUUUCUGGACCAAGAGAAGACUUCUAGAAUGAGAAAUGAGUUAACCACCUUUCGUCAAGCUGAAGAUGAGUCAUUGUAUGAGUCCUGGAGAAGAUUUAAACGUUUGCAAAGGCAAUGUCCUCAUCACGGGAUUCCAGAGUGGCUCUUGAUCCAAGCUUUCUAUAAUGGGUUGACGCAUGAGUAUCGGAUCUACAUUGAUGCUGCAUCAGGUGGCUCUAUCACUGCAAAGGUUCCAUCUGAAGCUAAGGCAUUAAUUGAGAAAAUGGCAGCUAAUGACAACUAUCACCCAGGUGGUCGGAACAGUGCUAAAAAGGGAGGUAAAUAUAAUGUUGAUGCUUUAACCAUGUUGACCAGUACUGUGCAGGCACUAUCUCAAAAGUUUGAUCAAUUUCAAACUGGGUCAUCUACGGUAGCUUCAUGUGAAGUAUGUGGAAUACAAGGACAUAUUGCUAAUGAUUGUCAAAUCAAUAAUGUUGGGUUGACAAUUGAACAAGCCAAUGCUCUUUACAACAACAAUAACCAGAGACGGCCAUUUGAUCCUUAUUCCAAUACAUACAACGAGGGGUGGAAGCAAAAUCCUGCAUUCUCAUACAAGAACACUCAAAAUCAGCUUAAUCCACCACCACCGCGCAACAACUUCAAUCAACCUCCAGGUUUUCAAGCUAGACCACCUUUCAACCAACAAUCUUUCAAUCAUCAGGCCCCUCCACAACCAAAGUCCAAUUUGGAAGCUAUGGUUGAGUCUCUUGCUGCCUCACAACUUAAGCAAGACAAGUAUUGGGAAGGGCAGAUGAAGCAAAACGAUUUCCUUGCUACCUCAAUUCAACAAAUUCAAGCUCAGAACAAGCUCAUGGAGAGUCAGAUAAGUCAACUUGCUCACCAAGUAGGUCAAUUCUCAAAGACUCCAGGCAAAUUUCCGGGAAAUACUGAGCAACCGCCUAAGGGCCAGAUGAAUGCUGUGACUUUGAGGAAUGGUAGAGUGUUAGAAGACCUUCCACCAAAGGAACCUCAAAAGAAAGUGAUUGUGGUAGAAGAAGAGAAAGAUGAAUCUGAAAAAGUGGUUGAAGAAGAAAAAAAGGAACCGAUUGUUUCUCCCAUUGAACCAUACAAGCCACCUGUUCCUUUUCCACAGAGACUAGCACAGGCUAAGCUAGAGAAGAAAUAUGGGAAGUUCCUUGAGGUCCUGAAGAAGCUGCACAUCAACAUCCCUUUCCUGGAUGCUAUCUCAGAGAUGCCUUCUUAUGCUAAGUUCUUAAAAGACAUGCUCUCAAAUAAGAGGAAGAUUGAAGAGAAUACAACUGUUUUCAUUCUUGAGGACGACCAUGCUUCUUCUAUUGAACCUCAAAGGAGACUUAAUCCUAACAUGAGGGAUGUAGUCAGGAAAGAAGUUGUUAAAUUGCUUGAUGCAGGUAUAAUCUACCCUAUCUCAGAUAGUAAGUGGGUUAGCCCGGUGCAAGUAGUUCCAAAAAAAGGAGGUAUGACCGUUGUCAAGAAUGAUAAAGGUGAGCAAAUUUCCACUAGAACUGUGACAGGGUGGCGCAUGUGCAUUGAUUAUAGGAGAUUGAAUAAAGCCACCCGAAAAGAUCAUUUCCCCCUCCCAUUUAUUGAUCAGAUGUUAGAGAGGUUGGCAAAGCAUUCCUUUUUCUGUUGGUUAGAUGGAUAUUCAGGCUUUUUCCAAAUUCCUAUCCAUCCUGACGAUCAGGAAAAGACUACUUUCACAUGCCCUUAUGGUACUUAUGCUUAUCGUAGGAUGCCAUUUGGAUUAUGUAAUGCUCCUGCCACCUUUCAAAGAUGCAUGAUGGCAAUUUUCUCAGGUCUUAUUGAGAACUCUAUGGAAGUAUUUAUGGAUGACUUCUCUGUCUAUGGAACAUCUUUUGAUGUUUGUCUUGAUAAUUUGGAAAAGGUGCUCCAUAGAUGUCAAGAAGUCAAUCUAGUUCUCAAUUGGGAAAGGUGCCAUUUCAUGGUACAACAGGGAGUCGUUUUAGGUCAUGUUGUUUCUCAUAGGGGCAUCAAAGUUGAUAGAGCAAAGAUAGAGGUCAUUGAGCGCUUACCACCUCCCAACUCCGUAAAAGGGGUAAGGAGUUUCCUUGAUCAUGCGGGCUUUUAUCGUCGUUUUAUCAAGGACUUUUCAAAAAUUGCUCGGCCUCUAACCGAACUCUUAUGCGGAGAUGUCCCCUUUGUUUUUACUGAUGCUUGCACUGAGGCUUUUGACAGGUUAAAGCAAGCUCUCAUAUCUGCCCCUAUCAUUCAAUCACCUGACUGGAAUCUUCCAUUUGAGAUCAUGUGUGAUGCCAGUGACUAUGCAGUGGGGGCAGUGUUGGGCCAGAGGAAGGAUGGCAAGCUACAUGCAAUCUACUAUAUGAGCAAGACUCUUGCUCCAGCACAAAUGAACUAUGCCACAACAGAGAAAGAGUUAUUAGCAGUAGUGUAUGCUAUGGAGAAGUUUCGGUCCUAUCUGGUUGGAUCGAAGGUGAUAGUUCACACGGAUCACGCAGCACUGAAGUACUUGAUGAGUAAGAAAGAUGCUAAGCCUCGUUUGAUUCGUUGGAUUUUGCUACUCCAAGAAUUUGACAUGGAAAUUAGGGACAAGAAGGGAGCCGAAAAUGUUGUUGCUGAUCAUCUCUCCCGACUUGUCCUUGAGGGUGAAAGUGACGAGGAUCUCCCUAUUGAUGAUUCAUUUCCUGAUGAGAAACUCCUAGUUAUAGCUACUACAGAGAUCCCAUGGUAUGCUGAUAUAGCCAAUUAUCUGGCUUGUGGUACUAUUCCUCACGGUUAUUCAUCACAGCAAAGGAAAAAAUUCUUUAAGGAGGUGAGAAGACAUUUCUGGGAUGACCCUUUUCUUUAUAAGUCUUGUGCAGAUGGGGUGAUUCGAAGGUGCAUUCCAGAAAAUGAAACUAGUGGUCAAGUAGAAAUUUCUAACCGGGAAAUCAAAACCAUCUUGGAAAAGAUGGUUGCGAGAACAAGGAAAGAUUGGUCUGCGAAAAUUGAUGAUGCACUUUGGGCGUACAGGACUGCUUUUAAAACACCUAUUGGUACGACUCCAUAUAGACUUGUGUAUGGUAAGGCUUGUCAUCUUCCUGUUGAGUUGGAACACCGUGCGUUUUGGGCUAUCAAAGCUCUUAAUUUUGACUCUCAAGCAGCAGGCGAGAAAAGACUCCUACAACUUAAUGAGCUAGAUGAGCUUCGACUAGAUGCUUAUGAAAGUUCAAGGUUGUACAAGGAGAAAACGAAAAGAUGGCAUGACAAGCAUAUUUUGAGAAGAGAGUUUAAGGAAGGCGACUUAGUUCUCCUCUUUAACUCUAGAUUAAAACUUUUUCCUGGCAAACUUCGCUCUAGAUGGUCGGGACCGUUCCGAGUCAGUAAGGUUUUCCCUUAUGGUUCAAUAGAGCUCUGGAACAGACAAAAUGGAACUUUUAAGGUGAACGGUCAAAGAGUGAAACACUACAGAGUUGGAGACCCUAUUGACGAGAGUGUUGAUAUCACACUUUCCGAACCUUCACCGGAAUGAGUUAUAAAGGAGGUCGAGCUUAUGACCUUAUAAACAAGCGCUUUUGGGAGGCAACCCAACUAAUUUCUAAUUAAUUUCUUUUCUUCUUCUACUUUAUUUGUUUAUCAACUUUUGCUAAAAUAAAAAAAAACAAAAUAAAAAAAUAUAGAAAACCGAAAAAACCCAAAAUAUUUUGUUUUAUACUACUAACCUUCCUACGUUAGAUUAAUUUACUUUAGUUAGAUCCCUUUAGUAUUUUUCAUCUUCUUUUUAUUAAUUUAUUUUACCUUUUUAUCUUAGGAUUAGAAUAUACUAAUAUAAUGUCUUUUGUCAUUUAGUGUAGUACUUUAUUUCAUUUCUCUGUUUUGCGUGUAAUAUUGUUGUAGGUGACCCAUUACCCUAUGUUAGCCUGCAACACUGUAAUUCCCACAAUAUAGGACUAGGAUUAAUUCAUAUAUUUUCCUUUCUCAUUAUUUAAUGUUAAUCUUUGUUUUUUUUUUUUCU